UCCCUCCUUCCCAUCAGGGGAGUGUUUGAAAGAAAGGAGUGAAUGAUAAGAGACGACUGAAGCAGAGAGACGGAUCAGAAAGAGUUCAAAGAUGCAGACAGAUGCAGAGGGCAAGACAAUAACAGAGUGAACAAAACGAAGGCAAAUUCAGACGGCAAUAUUAUAAACACAGAAGACAGACCAAGAGAGGAUUGUGCUGUAGCACUGACCUGAGCAGGAUUAUAUAACACUGCACUGCACACACAAACACACACUUACGCAGAGCUGUGUGAUGCUGACAUCAGGUAGAAACCAUUUGUGUGUGUGAUAUUUCUGAGCAGAGUACGCAGAGAGAGAGUGUGUGUGUGUUUACUCCAAGCUAGAGUCGCAUAGUGUGUGUGUGUGUGUGUGUGUGUGUCAGACAGCCAUGAGGAGGAUGCUGGCUCUCUUCUGCUUAAUUUCACUGGCGGCACCUCCAACAGAUGCAUGGAGACCAUCGCAACCACGACUGCACUUCCAGCACUCAGAGCUGGUGCGGAGCGGCAGGCUCAUGUCUCUCUCUGUGCCUGCUGGGGAUCUGAACUCUCUGUUGCCAGGUGAAGAUGGUCGUCAUCUUUACAUUGGUAUGAAAGACCAUCUGCUGUCCACCAGCCUGGAUGAUAUUACACAAACCCCCCGCAAGAUAUACUGGCCUGCAAGUCCAGAUCGAAUCCAGAACUGUAUCAUGGCUGGAAAAAGCCUGCAGACGGACUGUGCAAACUUCCUGCGUGUGUUAGAGCUGUAUAACCAAACACAUCUUUACGCCUGUGGGACUGGAGCGUUCAACCCUCGCUGUGCCUUCAUCCCAACCAACCUCUUCCUCAGGGCCGAGGAACAAAGGCUGCAGUAUGAAGACACUGAAUCAGGGAAGGGAAAAUGUCCUUAUGACCCUCACCAGAGAACAGCUACUGCCAUCAUAGACGGAGAGCUGUACGCUGGCAUCUCGUCUGACUUUCUAAGUCAUGAUACUGCUUUUAUUCGGAGUCUGGGGGAGCGACAUGCCAUUCGCACCGAACAAUACGACUCUACAUGGCUGCAAGGCGCUGAAUUUGUACAUGUCGCAGCGAUGUCAGAGAGUGAUAAUGAGGAGGAUGAUAAGGUCUACGUGUUCUUUACUGAGCGUGCGCAGGAAGCAGAGGGGGCUGCUGGGAAGGUCCUCUAUUCUAGAGUCGCCCGCGUCUGCAAGAAUGAUAUCGGUGGUCAGCGUAGUUUGGUUCAUAAAUGGAGCACCUUUCAGAAAGCUCGUAUUGUUUGCUCUGUACCAGGACCCGACGGCAUACAGACACACUUUGACAAACUCCAGGAUAUUUUCAUUCAGCGUGGAAAGGACAAAAAGAACCCCCUAAUCUAUGGGCUCUUCACCACUACCAGCAAUGUCUUGAAUGGAUCCGCUGUGUGUGUUUACCGCAUGCAGGACAUUAUUAGAGCUUUUAAAGGAAAUUUCCUUCAUAGGGAGGGUCAACAGUACAAGUGGACAGAAUAUACAGGCAGAGUUCCCUAUCCUAGACCUGGAACAUGUCCCAGCAGCACGUAUGGAGGGUUCAGAUCAACAAGGGAAUAUCCUGAUGAGGUCAUCUUCUUUAGCCGCACACAUCCUUUAAUGCAAGAAGUGGUACAUCCUCUUGGAGGUCAUCCUUUGCUCAUCAGAGUGGGCGUGCCUUAUAAACUGACCCGCCUCCUUGUGGACAGAGUGGAAGCAGUGGAUGGACAAUAUGACGUGCUGUUCAUUGGUACAGAUUCUGGCCUGGUUCUGAAAGCGAUUCACCUGCCUAAAGCCAAUGGACAGAAUCAGGAGAUCACUCUGGAACAGCUGCAGGUUUUUAAGAACAAGUCACCAAUCACUGCCAUGACGCUGUCCAAGAAAAAGUGGCUGUUUGCUGGAUCAGCAGAGGGUGUGGUUCAACUGGGUCUGUUCCACUGCGAUUUGUACGGCCAAGCCUGCGCUGAAUGCUGUCUCGCUAGAGACCCAUACUGCACCUGGGACGGCCACUCUUGCAGCCCUUACAUGCCAAGUGCACGCAGAAGAAACAUUCGUCAGGUUAACGAUGAUGGCAACCCGCUGAACCAGUGUGUCAGACAGGGAGCUGGUCUUCAGGUGGAUGCAGAGGAGAAGACACAAGUUGUUGCCUUGGGUAAUAGCACCUACCUGGAGUGUCUACCCAAAUCUCACCAUGCCACAGUCACCUGGUAUAAAGACGUAGGCGAGAACAGUUUGGAGCAACACAAGGUCACAUCUGGGGAGCAGCUGGUUGUCAUUGACAGGGGAAUCCUCAUUCCCCGGGCUGAGCUCAGUCAUGGUGGCAUUUAUCAUUGUCAGCUUGAAGAGCAUGGAUUUCGCUGGACAGCCGUUACUGUUCGUUUAAUUGUGUGGAGCCCCGCUCUGCACCCCACCCUUGUCUCCACCCAGCCAUGGUAUCAGGAUGUGAUGGCAUUGAUAAACCACGGCAAACUAGAGCGACACUGCAAAGAACUCAGUCGGCAUCACAACAACAAGGAAUCAGGGAACCACAAGCAUAACAAACAGGACAGAAAGAGAGCAGACCGGCACAGGCACAGAGGAGCAGGAGAGAAGGAGAAAGGAAGGGGGCGGAAGAACCGGAGCCAAAUGCAAAGUUCAGCACAGAGGCUGCCGAGAAGUGCAUAGACCGAAUCACAGGUGUUUACAAAGCUGCUCAAAACAAAAGAAUACAACAAAACAUGCAAUAUACACAGUACAUAUACACAGCAUCAUAAUAACAGACAUUUGCUUUGUUUCAAAACCUAAUGAGCUGCCUGCAUGCAAGUUUAAAAAAAAUACAUGCAAGAUGGGGGAUGACAAUAGAAAAAUCUUGAUAAACUUAUAUUUUUUAAAUUAAUUCAAAGAAGUGUAGCAAUAGCAACAGUUUGGAUGCAGCAAUAUUUUUGCAUUAAAUUGAUCAAAAGUGACAGUAAAGACAUUGUUACAAAAGAUGUAUAUUUUAAACAAAUGCCGUUGCUCAAAAAAUUGUAGCACUGUUUCCACAAAAGUAAUCAGCACAGCUGUUUUCAUAAUUAAUACUAAUAAUAAAUGUUCCUUGAGCACCAAAUUAGCAUAUUAGAAUGAUUUCUGAAGGAUCAUGUGAUGCUGAAGAUUGGA